AGCUAGAAGAAAACUUCUGUCUGAGUCACCGCCUUCGAAAAAGAAUAGCCUCCCGUGCGGUCAGUCGCUCGACAUCGUUGCAGCUGGUACAUUCAGCGAAACGGUAAGCGGAGGUCAAACCGACAAGCCGAGACGGCACAGAGUGCAGAAAGGUGUACUCAGUGACAGCGAUCGAAGAUCAGCCCUGCUCCCCUCGCAGCUUCGGCAAUCAGCUGGCAGUAGAAUCCGCGCAAACCGCGAAUCGCGUAGCCAUCCCGGGAGUAGACCAGUGUCGUUUACUGCGAAUAUUGAAAUCUUAAGGGUCCACCUCGUACAUCUUCGCAGUGAUUCAGUCCACAACUUUAUCCCCCGAAGAACCAAAGACAGUCAAAAAAGAUGACUGGUCCGCCGGUAAUCGCCGGCUGGACGCUGGAGCACUGUUGGCGACGCGCCUUCGAGCUGCUCCGAUGGGUAACGCCAGAAACAGCCUGCACGGUGGAGCCCGAGCCGAUAUGGGAGGGCGACAGCUUGGAGGGGAACCUCACUAUAAUGGACACAAACUCCGAACCGGCGUGCACCGCCGGCAUCGACCCGGGCGCGGGCGACUCAACCCUCGUCCAGCGCGGAACGAGUUACUUUGUGUCGCACACGCCCUUUCCCCCAGAUUCGUUCGCAGAAAACGUCGGUGGUGGGUCUGCCUACGGCGAAAUCGUGCAAAUGCAGUUGUCCACUACUUUGGGCAGGAUAGAAAACUCGAGUAGUUCCAAGCUCUACGUGCACAAACUCAGCACCCCGAAGAGGCUCGACGAAGAGGACCAUCCUUUGCUGAAAACGACGUACGGGCCCUUCAGAAUGCCGAUUUCGGAGUUGAAGUCACUGCUCCAGCAGACGAAGCCAGGGCUGGGGGAGAUACACAGCAUGGUAUUUUUACUGUUAUUGGUCGUGGCUCCUUCGUUAUGUGUCAUGCUUUCGUGUUUUCUUGUGGCUCGUUCCCUGCCGGCUCAUGUAAGCAUCCACGCAAGAACGAAUAAAUGAAUCAUAACAGAUAAAAGUCCCCGCUGGCGAGGAACCCUAUGUCUUCGACGGGACCAUCUACAUACGAGAGUACGAUCUCUUUGGCAACGCAAAGGCCAACCCAACGCCGUUCCCCGUGCAGUGGCAGCUCGAGCCAGGUAUACUAAAGUAGUGACAUCACAACUGUAUAUGUUGAGUCGACAUCUAUGUUUUAGUUUUUGCAGUUGAGUUUUGUAAAACCCAAAUUUUUUCUAUGCGAACGCUGCGCGGAACGAGAGUGUGCAUCCGUCACUGCAGCAUUCGUGAUACUUUAGGCACGUGUUUCUUCGUGAAGCAGACCAAGGUUGCCGUCCAGGAUGGUGUGGACCUCGCGGAGUAUCCGACGCAGUACGAUUUUGGAAACGACGAGAACCUGCCGGACUGGAUGGCGCGGAACAAUCUGCUGGACAAGAUCUGGGUGCAGGUGGAGCUCGGGAGCGUGCGGAGCGAGUGUUUGAAGCUCUACGAGUUCUUGCUCAACUUCCACACCAAGUCGCUCUUCUGCCUCCACUGGGAAAGCUUCGACAGUCUCUGGCCCAUGUAAACUUGUUGUGAUAAAAAAUUCUCGCUGCGCAUCGCUUUUUCUUGGUCGUACGGCCUGGGCUUUGAGAUAAAAUUGUUUAGCAAACAGAAGUGAUGAAACUGAUGUGUUUGUACAAUUGCUGAUGAAGAAAGAACCCAACACCGCAGAUUCGACUGGGGCAUGUACCACAUGAAGUAUGACGCACAGUACUGUCGCCUGUCCGUCGACUGCUUUCUCCAGCCAGCGACAAACCUGCUCUACCAGCGAAUGAUCAAAUUUUUGGACCUGCACGCCGCCACACGGCACAUGGAGAAAACGGACAUAGAUUUCCUCUUCCGAAAAAUCGGGGUGUACUUUGACUGCCCGAUGGAGGCGGAGGUCACGUACGACCUGCCGGGUAUUUUGAAUUCCUUUUGCAAAUGAGCGACUGCUCUUUCGUCAAUUCGGACACGACGUCGUGCUUACUGUAAAACUCCGCUGGUUCUUUGUGACAUUCGUUUUCGCAUUUCCCAAAAUUAUCAGGUCCGCAACAGCCAAAAACGGACUUCGUGCAGCGGGUGACCACUCGGAAAAUGAACUUCGCCAAGUUCGAGCGCUUCGUGCGCACCACGUUCAUCGCCGUCUUCGCGUACGAGCUCGCGCGAACACACGCCCGCGAGAACUACAAAAGUUACGAGUUUUGGUACCGCAGUUGGAUAGAACUGGCUGAGGAACUGCAAUACACGGACCUCGCGUACUAUGCAAGAAAAAAACUGUGUAAGUGUAAAUUUGUACUAUUGCAGAACAUGCAACAGAGUUACACCUGUCAUGCCAGACAGCCAUGAAGUCCUCUUUUCAUGUGUGUUUUCCCUUACAAGCCACGCAUGCCAGGUUUUCUCUGUCAUGUAGAGCAAAUUUGUGAUGCUGUUUCUCAAAGAAAGUUACGCUUGCACACCUUUUUUCCUGGAUACGUACGGGUUGCGCGAGUGCAAACCCUACCGGGAGGAGGAUCCGCGGAUAAUAGACGGCUGGUUUCUGGGCGCAAUAGUCCCGGUACUGCAAAAAGAGCGAGAGCUCGCUAUGCGCCAAGAGGGACAGGACCGUUUGUAGCCCUAGGAGAUGAGCGUCACGCUGUAUUGGCGAAUGCUUCUAGGAGGACCAGUGGUUCCGAAAACAGCUAUUUCUUGCGCGCAAUAGCAAAAAAACAGCCUUGGCCAAGGCCAAGGCAUAUUCUUGCCAC